AUGAUUGCCUUCAAGAGGGUUACCGAUUCAACGCCGCCGGACACACCAUCGCAUACUUCGAUUCGCUGGUUGUGCAAGAUAGAUGGCUGCAACUUGCCAAAGGGAUUCAUCACGUUCUUCGACUUGAAUAAUCUCCCAAUACCGGAGACGUUUUUCUAA